AUGCAGAGCAUCGCCUCCGCCUUCGGCAAGCAGACUGCGCCGCCGACGGAGCAGGCCACGCCUCCGCCCGCGGCGACAGCCGCUGGCACGCCGUCAGCGCCCGCGGCCGCGGAGGUGCCCCAGCAGGCAGCGCCCGCAUCGAAGGCCCCUGAGGUGGCAUCCGCAACAGGUGGUGUCGGGAGUGCUGUAACUGGAGCCGAGGUGGCGAAAGAUGGUGCUGCCAAUCUUGAUGAGAAGCACCCUCAUAAGGCUGAGAAGGAGGAUAAGGGCGAGGAGGAGGCUGAGGAUGAGACUGGCCCUGAUGCAGACGUGGAGUUCGGGGGCGGCGAUGGCAUCGGAGAGGGCGGGGGCACGCGCACCCCUAUCACGGGCGGUGUCGACGCCCUCGCUUCUCUCGGUCUCGGUCCUGCUGAGACCGAUGUGCCGUCUUGGAGCCCUGGCCCGGCGCCUGGGACGCCUGGGUUGCCUGGGCUGAAGUGCGCCCCCGUCGUGAAGGGCGGCCAUGAGCUCGUUUUGCCCGACCCGGCGGCCGAAGAGACAUGGGGCGGCAUGGGCUGCGACGAUUUCGACUGCAAGAAGUGCGGCCUGACCUUGCCGAGCCAUGAGAAGAACGAAGACGAGAGGGUUUCGAAAGACACUUGCGAGAAGUGCGUUAGGAACUAUAAGAACCUGACGAAGCGAUGGAAAAAGAAUAAGCAGCUUAAGAAAUGGUUCAGCGACAAGACCGAAGCGGAGAAGAUGGAAUGGUACGCCAACCACCGCAACCAAGCCAUCCCGGACCAGCGGGAUAGCAAGGAGCUGGUCAGGAUCGCGCUGACUUCCACGAAGGAAGAGGGCGAGGAGGCCAGGUCCAGGACCCACUGGAAGCCGUGGCCCCUCGUUGCCCGCGACCUCGCCUUGGAGGGCUUCGUGGGUCGCCCAGCUCAGGUGGCUGAGUUCCGCCGUCGCUGCAUGUCCAAGCAGUUCGCGGUCAUGCCUGAUCCCAAGAACCGCGGCCAGUGGUUAAUCGGCGAGUACCAGGGCAUCGUAGCUGACCAGAUCACAGCGUCCAGGACAUGUGCGACAGCCACUCAGGAAGCGGACUCGACGAACCAGUCGAAUCUCGACGCGUUCAUGGCACAGAUGGCGCAGAGCAUGAAUGCGACCAGGUCGGGCGCCCAGUUGGCUAUCGCCGCCCUGCCGCAGGACGACUCUGCCAAUGGUAUCGCGCCGCCCGACGCCUUCAUGGAGGCCAUUCACGACUCCCCGAGCGCUGCGCCCAUGACCGCGGAGUCUGUCGGCAACUUCGGCGCCCAGUUCAACAGCUCCUUGCAGUCCCAGCAGGAGCGGAAGGAGGCCCAGAGGCGCUACGAGGCGAUGAUCCUUGCCGAGGAAGUCGAGGCCAGGGCCCACUCGCAGGGCAGUUCGGGCGACAAGGUCACGAACAUCGUGCAGGCGCGCUUCGGGGCGGAGAAGGCGAUCGAGUCGCAGCUGUCCAAGAUGAAGGCUGCGCUGGAGUGCCAGGCUUCCGAGGCCCUCUCGGUCAAGGAGUUCAUCGAGUGCAGGGUUUCCAAGGAAGACUUGGAGAGCGAGACCUGGUCUGCGGUCUACCCGAAGCUCGUCCUGGUGAGGACUAAGUGCGACGAAGAGGUGGCGCGGAUCUCUGGCCGGCAUGCUGAGCUGCAGGCUAGCGUCAGGAGCGUUUCUUGGGAUGGUGACGUCAAGGCCCUUCGCGGCAGCUUGAAGGUUCUCUUCGACUCGCAGAAGGAGGUCCACAGCCACACCGUCGCAACCAAGAGGGUGAUCCAGGACGCGAAGGCGCACUUCUCUAGAAAGGCGGCCGACGCAUCCGCUGCGGGCAAGAAGCGCAAGGCAGAGAGCGAGGCGCCGCAGAUGGAGGUGGACCUUUCGAGCAACCUCGGCCCCGCGAUGCAGGUCCUCGCGGCUGAGGCGCGGGGCUCUCCAGUCGGCGUUCUUCGCGACCUCUCCGAGCUGGCCUUCGGCAAGGCGGUCGUGGUCAGCACCCCCUCGCUGUGCAAGGACGUGGCGGUGGCAUCGGGCUGGAAGGCCUGUGAGGCGUGGAUGCGCACCAAGAUUGAGAGCUGGGGCUCGGCGGGCGCUUCGCCUGCUUACGGCAACGUGGUCCAGCCGGCGGUGUUGGCUCAGAUCCGCCAGCUCAGCAAGCUCGAGAAGAAGGAUGUGGGGUACCUGUUCCGCUCCGCCUUCAUCGCCUCGGGGCCCAAGGAGCAGGCGCUCCACAAGACGCUCUAUGGGGCCCAGUGCUUCAUCCUGCCGCGCUUGCACUCUGCGGUGGCGCCCCUCCCGUAUGGCUUGGCCGAGGCCCGCAUGAUCUUGGAGGGGGAGGAGGUGAUCCUGGGAGUCAAGAUCGACACCGAGAAUCGCGGGCUCUCCAACCAGGUGGAGUACCUGAAAGGCUUGUCUGGCCAUGACAUGCUGACCCUGGGAAGGCAGGACGGUAACUUUUGCUUCGUCCUCUCGAGUGGCGACGUCGCCGUGUUGCCGACUGGGUACGUGUACGCGCAGUUUCGGACAUCCUUGACCAAGGGGAUCAGGUGGGGCACGUCGCCCCCCUGGCCUGAGGAGCUCGUCGUCGUGGAGAAGACCGUCUCCGCCGCGAUGGAGGCCUACCAGGGCAUCCGUGGGACCCUCUACGAGGAGUGGUGGAAGUGGUUGUCGCUCAACGCGCAGAGCGGCAUGGCGGCGUAG